AUGGUGGUGAAAGCUAUAUAUUUUGCCACUCUUGCUACGGUGCUAACAGGGUUGGUCCAAAAUGUUGAUGCAGCAUGCAAAUGUCUAUACGGUGACCGCUGCUGGCCUUCCGACCAGGCAUGGGCGUCACUGAACAAUACAGUAUCUGGAAAUCUGAUUAGAACCGUUCCAGUCGCAGCACCGUGCUACCCUGGGCCUCAUCAAGAUGCAGAGGCUUGCGCCUUCAUUCAGGCAAACUUCCACGACUCAGCAUUUCAUGCAAAAUUUCCAGGCGGCUAUGAUUUCCCACAUGAGUGGUCAUGCCAUGUUCCGGGACGAAAUUCUUCGACAUGCUCUCUCGGGGACACUGCUGUAUAUAGCAUUAAUGCCACCACACCCGCCGCCAUCAGCGCGGGGUUGAAGUUUGCUGCCAGGUAUAACAUUCGUGUUUCCGUCAAGCAGAGUGGUCAUGACCUCCUCGGUCGUUCCAGCGGAAGAGGGGGUCUGCUGAUAUGGACUCACUAUCUGCGAGAUGAUCCCACCAAGGCAUUGGAAUUUAACAAGACAUAUAUUCCCACGGAAUCAUGCACCGAUGUCCAAUUAGGCGGUGAUUUCUACUGGGGCGGUAGCGCCGCGCGCAUUGGCGGAGGCUUCACCUGGGGAGAUGUUUAUCCAGCUGCUCACGAUAAUGGUGUUGUCGUCGUAGGCGGUACCUGUUCCACAGUUGGAAUUAUCGGUGGAUAUCUUCAAGGUGGUGGACAUGGAGCAGCAAUGCAUGAAUAUGGCCUUGGAUCUGACCAGGUCCUGGAAUUUAACGUCGUUCUGGCCGAUGGCUCAAAGGUCUUAGCCAGCCCAUGCUCCAACCCAGACUUGUUCCAGGCUCUUCGUGGCGGAGGUCCCAGCACAUACGGCAUCGUCACGAGUGCAACAGUCCGCACAUAUCCAGAAACCCCCAUGGUCGGGCUUAUCUUGCAAAUCAUACCACAAGAGGGCACUGAUGACUUGGAUGCCUUUCUUGAUGCUAUCACUACCUGGUAUCAACAAAUACCCGCUCUUUUGGAUGGUGGCGUGCAAGGUUACGCGGGAUGGGCGGCAUGGGAUGGAAAGUCAUCCCUGGGGCCACCGUCUCGUAUGCUUCAGCAGGCCGCGGGUGUUUUCAACCAAACACUCGAAGAGGUUCAGAGAACAAUGGAGCCAAUCAUGGAGAAGCUGGCAGUAUUCAAAUCCCGGGGAAUUGAUGUCUCAGUUGAUUACCUGACUUUCCCCGACUACUAUUCAUACUUAACCGGACUGAUGCAUCAUGACGCGGAGGUUGGUGGAGGUAUCCUCAUGUCUUCUCGCCUGUUCGGGGAGAAGCAUUUAGCCAAUAAUACAUCGGCCGUUAUUGACAUGACUGGCGGUGGUGCCGCGACCAAAGAUUUACCACUCUCAGGUGUCAACCCCGUGUUCCGCCGAGCGCUGAUAAUAAACAUUGUCUCGCGCAACUGGGAUAGCCUGACACCAUAUGUAGAUAUUGCGGCUGCUCAAAAGGAUGUCACAUACCACAAAGGCAAGGCCCAAGUAGCAUUUGCCCCUGAUACUGGUUCAUAUCUGAACGAAGGCAACUGGCUUGAUCCUGACUAUCUAACCAACCAGUUCGGGGCUAUUUUACCUACCCUUGAGGCUGCGAAGAAGAAUUACGACCCUACAGAUCUCUUUUAUUGCCCUACUUGCGUGGGUUCCCAGCAUUGGAAGGAAGAGGAAGAUGGUCACUUGUGUACGGUUAAGGGGAGCUGGUGGCCGUUCACUAGGCCUGUAGACUGGGCAGAAGAGUUGUAA